UCCACAACUCCCACUGCAAUAUACGUAACGGCCCCAACCAUCAGAAAAUGUGGAGUUAUUUCAAGCAUGAAGAAAACAGGGGAAACAUGCCGAAGUUGCUUGCCGUUCCAUAAGAGAUUUCUCGAGAAUGUUCGAACGAUUCUUAAAACUGAGUCUCAGAAGUCGGUCCCUUGGGACGAUGAAGAAACAAUGUUGAUACCAGGUGGAAGUGGAAGAAGGACCAUCGGAAGGCCACUGCACUGGGUGGGGAACUCCCCGAAGUGCGAACAGGACGAAGAAAGGGAGUUAGAAACUGUAAGCAUCAGUGACAUCACAGCUUGCGAAGACGAGCAAACUAACCGUUCCAAUGCAUUCGGAAACAACCGUCAAGACAGUGAACAAUCCGCUGACGAUAGUACCAAAAGUUACCAGGGCAGAGGAAGUUCUUCUAUCUCAGUUAUAUCAGUCUAUAUCUUGUCCGUCUGUAUUCCUUCGAUGAUACUAAAUCAAGAAAUGCAUCUCUAGACUCGAAUAUCGAUAAUAACCUACAGGAAUCUGACAGU